AGGUGGCCGGAAAGUUAAAGGGAGCAACGCGGCGGCGGGGAUCCCGAGUCCCAGGUGGCGGGGAGCCGGGAGGAGGCGAGCGGGGUGCUUGUGUGCGGACGCAUGCGGCUGCCGGCGGAGGGCGCGGACCUGAGUCUCGGCCCCCGCUGCUGCUGCUGUCGCACCGGCUCCUCCAGCCACUCCGGCACAGAUGCAGCCGCGGGCUGGCGCCUCUGCACCUCUGGGCUUAUGAGCUGUGCCAGGGUUCUAGCCUAUUCGCCUGACCCAAUGAUGGCUGUGGACAUAGAGUGCAGAUACAGCUGCAUGGCCCCUUCCCUGCGCAGAGAUAGGUUCGCCUUCAAGAUCUCACCAAAGCCAAGCAAACCUCUGAGGCCUUGUAUUCAGCUGAGCAGCAAGAAUGAAGCCAGCGGAGUGAUGGCCCCCACUAUCCAAGAGAAAAAGGUGAAAAAGCGAGUGUCUUUCGCGGACAACCAGGGGCUGGCCCUGACAAUGGUCAAAGUGUUCUCAGAAUUUGAUGACCCGUUAGAUAUUCCAUUUAACAUCACCGAGCUCCUAGACAACAUUGUGAGUCUGACGACAGCAGAGAGCGAGAGCUUUGUUUUGGAUUUUCCUCAGCCUUCUGCAGAUUACUUAGACUUCAGAAACCGGCUUCAGACCGACCACGUUUGCCUUGAGAACUGCGUGCUGAAGGACAAAGCAAUCGCAGGCACAGUGAAGGUGCGCAACCUCGCGUUUGAGAAGACGGUGAAAAUAAGGAUGACAUUUGACACUUGGAAAAGCUUCACAGACUUUCCCUGUUGGUAUGUGAAGGACACUUACUCUAGUUCAGACAGGGACACGUUCUCCUUUGACAUUCGCUUACCUGAGAAAAUCCAGUCUUAUGAAAGAAUGGAGUUCGCUGUGUGUUAUGAGUGCAACGGCCAGACGUACUGGGACAGCAACAAAGGCAAAAACUAUCGGAUCACGCGGGCGGAAUUAAAAUCCACUCAGGGGACAGCCGAGUCGCACAAUGGACCAGAUUUUGGAAUAGCCUUUGACCAGUUCGGAAGCCCUCGGUGUUCCUAUGGUCUGUUUCCGGAGUGGCCCAGUUAUCUAGGGUACGAAAAACUAGGGCCCUACUACUAGUGACUGCGUGUGCUGGAGCCUGGCCCAGUGCGUGUGUACCGGCCCAGCUGUAGUCACAGUGGGAUGGAGAUGGGAGCCGAGAACAGCUGAACUGCCAUUAGGCACAGUUUUUGAAAACAAAGGAUCCUAUACAGUUUUUUCUUCAACCAGCAAGACCAGCCCAGCCUCAAUCACAGAACUGGCUUCCCGCGCAGAGUGACUGUCGUGUGCUGGUCUGUCCGGCACCCAUGGCAGCCACAGGGUCUGGGCAGGAGGGUGCCAGAAAGGGUCUGGACAGGAACCAGGCCUGCAGGCAGUGCUGGCGAGGCUGGAGGACGGUGGCUUAGUGACGACGCAAGUCGGAGGGUGCCCUGGCGGUGUGGAGGAGCCGCUUGGGAAAGUCAGUCACUUGCAUGUCACUGUCCCCGGCUACCUUGUGGACCGCGGCUGUUUGCCUUUGGGCAUUCUCCACCCAGCCAGGCCCUUCCUGGCUGUUGCUGCUGCCCCAUGUCUACGCGUUCUACAUACUUUGUGUGCAUUUCUUUUGUGUUGUUCUGCUGCUGUUCAUCAAGAUGACAGUUCAUCUGAUGUUCAGAAGAUAAGAAAGGCAAAUUGGCCUGUGAGACAGGCACUUCCCCUUUCUGACCCAAAGUACCUGGCUCCUGUGCAGUGUUACACAGCAGGACAGCCACGAGUGGGACACUUUCAGCUUCUCCUCUUGGCUUUUGGGGGAACUUUCUAAGUGCUCAGUCUUAUCCUGAGUCACCAGACGGCUCAAUUACAGGGGUGCGUUAACUUGCUCAGCUGGUUUGCAGGCGUCGUCGUUCACAGGAGGAUUUUCCGUCUCCUUUCCUGGAGACUCAUCUUUUAUGCGGUGUUCAGGACGCUUGGAUUGGCAGAUCCAAUGUAUCCCCCAAAGCCUUCUGAAAAUGUUUGCUUUUAUUUUGACUGUGAUUUACCAUAUCCAGGACACUUUAUAAGCACCCAGGGGCUUUGAUUUGGGUGUUCGUAUUUAUGGUAUGUGAGUAUGGUUAUGUGAAAGGGGUAGGUUUUCAUAUGUAUGGCGACUCUGAAGUAAUCAGACAUCAAUUGUUCUUCACCAUGUUGGACUAAAGAAUUAAAAACCUGUUGGUUCUUACUGUUGCGAGACUCCUGGGACUUUGAUUGUUAGAGGGCUCCCCAGAUCCUGUGAUUUUUCUCGGGCAGGACUGGUUUGUACUUGGGGUAGUUUACAAUAUUUUUAGAUGUGUAUUUGUAGAAGGUUGGGGGUUUUUCUGUUUUGUUUUUGGAGAUUAAACAACUAUCUCAUUUUCUUUUUGUCUGAUUGACUGAAGUGAGGUUUUCCUACGGGAAGCAGGAGACAGAUACACAGCUCCUGGACUCCACAAGCCAAGAGUCUCCUUCCGUUUGCAUUUUCCUGUCGCUUAGAAAAGACCUCCUGGCUUCUGUGUAGAUAAGUGUCGGACAGGUAUGAAGUGUCUUGCUUGGCCCCUGGAGUUUGGUGGUGAUUUUUUUUUUGUUUGUUUCUUUUUUGAACUUUAAAAUGUUCUGACUUUUUAAAUGCUCUUUAAGUGGUGUUCAAUGUAAUUCAUCUUCCUAAAAAUGACUGUUAUUAGUCUGCUUUAUUUUUUAUGGCUCUGCCAGGUGAGUUGCAAUUUAUGGGAAAAAUUGCAUUCAUCUUGUGCUCAAGUUGGGCAGAACUGUGAUUUAUCCAUUUAUCUAAGCAUAUCUUACAUCAAAUACACAGAGAGUACUUUGUGUUACAAAUCCAGUGAUCAGAACCAUUAAGAGUGAAAAUCUAAACUGAAGGGAAGCGAAACUGAUUUUCUAUAGGUCAUGAACUGAUUUUGUUUUAAGAAGUCCCCUCCCUCGCCCCCUCUCUUUCAGGAAAGGUACAGCUGCACUUGCACGUUACCCAACUAAAGGUAAUGAGAUCGUUCUGUGUUCCUGAGAAAAAUGCCUCAAGUGACUUCUGUAUGGCUUUCAAUAAUAGUGAUCCUAAGACAUUCCUAUGUCAAAAUUUGAAAUAGGGUAAUUCAGUGAUAAGUAUCUCUUUUAAAACUGCCUUAAACCACUCCCCCCUUCCCCUUCUCAACUCCCAGCCCUCCCCCACUUCUUUUUGCUGGCGGCUCUGGUUGCAAGCCCCCAGCCUGUGCACCUGGGACUCUCACCCACCAGGCAAGUCCUCACCCGCUUGCAAAGACCCUGCUCUGACUGAAGAGUCUGGUUGCCCGGCGUCCCUGUCAGCUGCGCCGUUCAGCGAGCUAGGAGCAUCUGAAGAAUCCCACCGCCUCUUUAGCAGGCAGGCUCACUCCUUCUGUCCGGUACUGUCCCAGAUUAUCAGCAGAUGGACUCAAGAACUGCCCGAAUGGAACCUCUCCUUGUUUCAUAGCUCACCAUCAGCUCAAGGGUCUCCACACUUCACAGGGGGGCAGGUUUCCAGGUUGAAGACUUCCCCGCACCUGACCUGUAGGUUUGGCCCUCAGUCAACUCUUGGCUCUGAGGACAAAUGGCCCCCAGUCCUGGGGUCCUUCCCGAGUUACCCGAGAAGGCUCAGCCUCCUGCUACUGGGGCGGUGGUCCAGGAAUGGGGAAGCAGCUCCAUUUUUGUUUCUUAUUUAUUCCCCCAAAUGCCCUGGGGAGCGUUUGCAAAUUAGGUGCAAUAAAUAAGCUGGACUAUAUAAAGAUAUAAUAAAUAAGCUUUCAGUGUUUCUUGGAAGAGAUGAAGCAUUUGAGUGGGUUUCUUUCUCUUUAAUAUACUUGUUAUAGGGGAGCUGGUAAGAAAUAACGGAGUUACGUAGUCUCCACAAAUUAAAACAAUUUCAGAAUCAAGGUAGAAUUUAUUUCUUCUCUAAGAUUUAAUUUUAAUGGUGGCAAAACAAGACUCUUUCAAUGUUUUCUAAAGCUGUAAAUUUUGAACUGCUAAACGAAUUUGUGGUUUUGAUCUUUGCAUAUAAUUUGCUUUUUAAAAACAAGCAUCACUUGUAGUCACUUGGAUGUUAAAUGGGUUAUAUAUGUUUUUAAGCCCAAAAAGGGAUUGUUUGCUCACUUUUUAGAAGUGCCUGUUUCCUGGCUCUUCAUGGACAGUGAAUGAAAGCCUUGGUUGUUUUUUCAUUUGUUUCCUCUUUUAAAACUCCCCGGCUGGAUGCGGUUUGCUGGAGCAGGCCUCACGGCUUUUUGCUCUGGGAGGUCCCGAUCUACUUACCUCUUCGGAUGUGAUUGCUGAAAUGGGGGAGAAGUGAAACGUACAAAGGGAUCUUACAGGGUCGCCCGAAGACACUUUGGCAGCUAUCUUCACUUCUUGAAGUGGGACACAUCUGGGCGGGGCAGAAUGGCUCUGGUUCUGGGUGGUCUUUCCUGGUUGGGGUCCGAAAGCUCAGCAGCCCACGUUGUAAAGCUGUGAAUGUUUUUACAGUUCUGUUAUCAGUUCCUAGAGAUUCCUGGGCCCGGGAGGACUCCCUGAGUGCAGCUGUGACAACGUUGUUUCACUUUGACUUCGAUGUGAAUGUAGAACUGAAAGCUCAGCUUCAGUGCACACCUGGAAGUGCCUUGUCAAGAAAUUUCCAUGUUUUAAAAAAUAAAUAUUUUUGUACACAAAGUUAAAGGGGAAAUGCACUUUAAAAUCACAGAAUGGAUGUAUUUUGUGUGGUGUAAGAGUGGUUUGUAACAAAUGCAAAAAUGCAAUAAAGGUAGAUAAAAAACAAAA